GCGGGCCUGAGAUCAGAGCUGGAUGCAGUUUGAACCUGGAUCAACUGGCCUCGGCAGUAACACACAGCAGCGUCCACAACAACAACAACAACAACAACAACCAAGACGACGACGGGAGACCAAUUCUUGCUAUCUGACCGGUAAAAUCAAUCGUGUGACCAUGGUGAAAGGGGACAUUAAUAAACCCAAGGGCAAGACGUCAGCCUACGCCUUCUUCGUCCAGACCUGCCGGGAGGAACAGAAGAGGAAACAGCCUGACCAGUCGGUCAACUUCUCAGAGUUCUCCAAGCAGUGUUCCGAGAGAUGGAGGGCUUCCACUGCGACUGACAAGCGUCGUUUUGAGGACAUGGCGAAGAAUGACAAGGUGCGUUAUGAGAGGGACAUGAGGGGGUACGUCCCCCCCAAGGGGAUGGCCAAGAGCGGUAGGAAAAAGAAGGACCCCAACGCUCCCAAACGACCCCCGUCUGCCUUCUUUGUGUUCUCAGCAGAGUUCCGUCCGACGGUCAAACAGGAGUUCCCAGGCUGUUCUAUAGGAGAAUGUGCUAAGAAGCUGGGGAUCAUGUGGGGUCAACAGACUCCAACCCAGAAACAGCCGUUUGAAGAGAAGGCUCUCCGACUGAGGGAGAAAUAUGACAAGGACAUGGCUGCAUACCGCUCCGGUGCAAACGUUAAGCGGGCGCCGAUGCGACCCGGUCCCGGUGGCUCGUCCGGUAUGAUGCCCCACGCCACGGCCGGUGAUGAUGAUGAUGAUGAUGACCUGGAGGACGACGAUGAUGAUGAUGAUGAUGAUGAUGAGUAAAGCGUUAGCGCGGGGUUCAUACCUGUUGGAUCGAUUUAGCGCGCGUCCGGUAGGCGGAGUUUGUGCAUUUGAGACCAUUCCAUUGGUCCUAAUGUGGAAACUCCGCCCUCCCAGGGUCGAGCUAAAACGAUCGAACCCAGUUUCCACCAGAAUCCUAACGGGCCAGAGGAGGAAUCUGAUUGGCUGAAAGGUAUGUGUGCCUGUCAGUGACCCUGCAGGGGGGAGGGCUGACCAGAGGUCAAAGGUUAGUUAGGUCAGGGGUUAGAUAGAGCUGGACUGGACCAGACACAACCCGCAAGGGACUCAUAAUAUCGCAGCUUCACUGAGUACUCAUCUAAUGCAACAUCCGUUGCUGUGGGUAGAUCUGAAUGUUGUGGAUGUCUUGGUGUGUAGCUGCUGUUUGUUCCCAGGGUUGUGUUUGGUCCUAGUUGAGUUCAGGCUCUACAAUAUUAACAGAGCUGUGUGACGUUGCAGCUCCUUUUAAAACAAACACUUUAUUUUUUGUUUUUACAAUUUUUUUUUAAAUGGAAAAAUGUGUCCUGAAACAAUAUGUAGAAAUUGACUUUUUUUAUAAUAAAACAAUUAUGAUUCUGAAAA